AUGCCGUCGGUAUCAGCAGGCUAUGCGCCUGAUCUUGACAAGCUAAUAAAGUCGCUCAAGGGUCAGCCCCUCGAUGCCUCUGUCGAGAACCUCCUCUCCCUCCUCAAGAGACGCCAGAUCAAGGGUUCCGAACCCUGCGCCAUCGCCACUGCCCAUAUCCUUCUCCAAGUCGUCGCGCGCUCGAAAUGGCAGGACGUCGACGUCCUCAUCGACAACGUUUCCCAGGUCGGCCGUCGACUCGUCAAGGCACAGCCUACAGAACUCGCCAUCGGCAACAUUGUGCGCCGCGUGCUCGGCCUGAUCCGCGACGAAGCCGCUGAAGAGCGCCACGAUCCAGAAGAUGAGACACAAAGUGAGGCAUCGGUGCCUGCCGCCCGCCCCGACACGGACGGCUAUGCGUCUCCUAAGCCGCGACCCCAGCUUAGCUCGACGCUCAGCUCGGCCGGUCUGCCCAAGACUCUCUUCCACCUCCUCUCUGCCUCGCCCGAUGUUGACCUCGCCUCGAGCGGCCCUGGUUCGCCCUUUCACAACUCGGGCACCUCGACGCCGACAACAUGGAAGGGCACUUACAGCCAGAUCCAUGCCCUGCGAUCUGAAGUCAUUGAUGGCAUCGAGGAGAUUAUGGACGAAAUCAGCCAGGUGGAUGAUCAGAUUGCGGCUCUCGCCGAUGCGCAGAUUCGGCCCGGUGAUUUUGUCCUGACAUACCGUCCGUCCACCACGGUCGAGCGUUUCAUCCUACGCGCCGCUCAAAAGAGAAAAUUUACGCUGUUUCUGGCCAUCGAAGCUCCCAGCAAACCCAUCACCGAAGUGCCGCACGCUGCGUUCCGUAAGAAGCUGACGGCAGCUGGCAUCACCGUCAUCAACAUUCACAACUCGGGCCUGACGGCCUACAUGUCCCGCGUGGAUAAGGUGAUUCUUGGUGCCAAGGCCAUUGUGGCCAACGGCAGCGUCAUGGCCACAGCCGGGUCUGCAGCCAUUGCGCGCGCCGCUAAGGAGCAUGGCACUGCCGUUAUAGUGCUAAGCGGUGUAUACAAGCUCAGUCCUGCUAAUCCGUUUGCGGAGGAUAGUCUCAUCGAGUGGGGAGACUCGUCAAGCUUUGUUAACUUUUCCAACGGUACUAUGGUGAACAAUGUCGAGAUUCGCUCCGCUCUGACAGAAAUGGUGCCUUCUACAUUCAUUAAUACAUACAUUACAAACCUGGGCACACACUCACGCGACUACUUGUCCAGUAUUAUUGCUGACCAUUACAAACAUCAAGAUGUUAAUUUUGAUUUGGUUGGAGAACGUAUGGUUUGA